UCAGAUAAAUGGCAGGAGUACCUUAUUAUUUUUAAAUUAAUUAUGGAGACUGCUAAAGCAUCUAUUUUAUCUCAUAUAAAUGUCAUUGACUUUUCUCGAGUUGUGGCAGCACCCUUUGCUUCAAUGAUACUGGGUGAUUUGGGGGCAAAAAUUUGGAAAAUUGAGAGGCCUAAAAUUGGAGAUGAAUCUCGUUCAUUUUAUCCACCGAUGAUUAAUGGACAGAGUUGCUAUACUCUUUCAUUAAAUAGAAACAAAAAGAGUGUGGCAAUAAAUUUGGCAAAUUCGGAAGGGCGAGAAUUGGUAUAA